GAAAAAAACGAAUAAAUGAGUGAAAUUCGAUGGGGAAUAUUAGAAAACAAAUGGAGAUAUUAUAAGCCACUCGCAUUUUCAUCGUCCAAUUUUCUUGUGGAAUUUCUGAUUUUUAUCCAUGUUUACUUGCUCGCCGCGUGGCUUGCUCUUCGUGAAGCUUGGUUUGACAGGGGAUUUCAUAUUUAUAAACUGAAAAACGAGCUCUUCUCCUCUCGAUUAUGGACGCACAAAAGUAAAAAUCGCCGGAAGAUGCUUGUGAUCGGCGCGGAUGGAACUAUUGGAAAGCGGAUAAUCGAAAUUCUUCAAACAAAUACGGAUUUUGAGUGCCACGUGGUUGUUCAUCAUCAUGCGUCACCAAUUCAACCAUUUCAAAACGAUUUGAACACGGUGAUCUACUCGGUUGAUUUGAAACAUCAUGAACAGAUUCUCCUUCUCGCCAAUCAACUCAAAUCCCAUCAAUUCGACGUGGCAAUAUUCGCUGCAGGAAUCAUGUUAGCACCGGAAUCCCGAACGAAAGAUGGCGUCGAACUUCACAAUGCAGUUAACGUAAUCGGACAAGUAAUGCUCUACGAGCUUCUACAAAAUGAAUGCAAACGAGCAAUAUUUCUAUCGUCUGCCACAGCGAGAAUGGCUUGUUACUCUUUGGAUUCCAAUUUUUUGAAAGUUUACGCAGGACCAUAUCAAGCAUAUGCAUCUUCAAAGCUGAAUCUAGCUGUUUAUGUGAAUGAAGUUGCCAAGAAAAGACGCGUCAAUACAGUAAGUCUUCAUCCUGGCACCGUGCCAGGCCGUCUCUAUCAAAAUGCAAAUCCAAUUGUUCGAUAUCUGAAUGCCACACUGCUUCCAAAACUGAUGAGAACCCCAGAAAUGGCGGCUGUUCUCGUGCUUCACACGAUUUUCCGAGACGACAUCCAACCUGGAGCCUAUUAUGAAGAUACUCAAAUAGUGAAUGUACCAGAAUGGGUCCCGGCACGAGAACGUGAACGGAUCUAUGAUACUAUUCAUCGACGCAUCGAUUUGUGGAUGGAAUGUUGAUAAAUUGCCAAUUUUUAACUUAUUUAUUUCAAUAAACGGAGAAUUGAAA